CUCUCUCACCUGACCUGACGCUGUCUCUCUCCUCAUUUUCUCGUCGGCCGUCAAAUUAAACCCCUCCUCCCACCUUUCUCUCUCUACUCUCAUUGGACAAAAAUUCUUUUUCAUUUUAUUAAUAUAAUUUCUAGAGAGAGAAAUAAAUAAAUUAUCGAGGAAAAAUAUUAAUAUUAAUACAAAUAAUUAAAAAACAAGGGGAAGAACUGAAGCGAAAAGAACACAGACACACCGGUAAAAAGAAAAUCCAGCGAAGAAGAGAGAGAAACAAAGAUUUUACUUUCAACUUUCGUGGCUUUGAGAGAGAGAGAGAGACUGUGAUAAUACCAUUUUCUCUCUCCUCAAUUUGGGAAGGGAAGCUCUUAAUUUUGAAUCCAAAGAGGGAACGAUCUAGGGUUUCCUUUUUUCGCUUCAUUUCGAAUUUGUGAUUUGGGAGGGGAUGCUUAAUUAUCCGGUUUUCAUCGGCGAUCUCUGCAAUUAGGUUUUUAAUUUUUGCUUUGUUAAAUUUUAAUUUGGUUUGAGAUUUUGAAAUCGGGGAAAAGAUGGAGGUAGAUUCGUCUUCGUCAAUGGAGAACGAUCAAGAUCCUUCUUCAACACAAAACAACAACUCGUCGUCUCCUUCUUCUCCGCCCCCGUUGCCUUCUUCUUCUUCUCCGUUAUCUUCUGUUCAAACGACGCCGGCUUCGUCUUCUCCGAUGGAGAAGGAUGUAGAGCAACAGCAGCUAAGACAGCAGCAGCAAGGGCAGAUAGUUGGGCCAAGGUGCGCGCCCAGUUAUUCGGUGGUGAAUGCAAUAAUAGAAAAAAAGGAGGAUGGGCCAGGCCCACGGUGCGGGCAUACUUUGACGGCGGUUCCGGCGGUUGGGGAAGAAGGGAGCCCAGGUUAUAUAGGGCCGAGGUUGAUUCUUUUUGGUGGUGCUACUGCUCUUGAAGGAAAUUCUGCUGCUGCUGGAACUCCUUCCUCUGCUGGAAGUGCUGGCAUCAGGCUAGCGGGUGCUACAGCUGAUAUUCAUUGUUACGACGUGUUAACCAAUAAAUGGUCUAGGAUUGCUCCCAUUGGAGAGCCUCCAACACCUAGGGCAGCCCAUGUAGCCACUGCUGUUGGCACUAUGGUGGUUAUACAGGGGGGUAUUGGUCCAGCUGGUUUAUCUGCUGAAGAUCUACAUGUUCUUGACCUUACCCAGCAAAGGCCACGUUGGCAUAGGGUGGUUGUUCAAGGACCUGGCCCUGGGCCACGAUACGGACAUGUUAUGGCUCUUGUAGGGCAAAGAUAUCUUAUGUGCAUUGGCGGAAAUGAUGGGAAGCGACCAUUGGCUGAUGUUUGGGCAUUAGAUACUGCUGCAAAACCAUAUGAAUGGAGGAAAUUGGAACCUGAAGGCGAAGGUCCGCCUCCAUGCAUGUAUGCAACUGCAAGUGCUCGUUCUGAUGGUCUUCUUCUACUUUGUGGAGGGAGGGAUGCAAACAGUGUGCCGUUGGCAAGUGCAUAUGGACUUGCUAAACAUAGAGAUGGACGGUGGGAAUGGGCCAUUGCUCCAGGGGUUUCACCAUCUCCCAGAUAUCAGCAUGCUGCGGUUUUUGUCAACGCACGACUGCAUGUGUCUGGAGGUGCACUCGGUGGAGGACGUAUGGUGGAAGAUUCUUCUAGUGUGGCAGUGUUGGAUACAGCAGCAGGUGUUUGGUGUGAUACAAAGUCAGUAGUUACUAGUCCUAGGACUGGUCGGUAUAGUGCUGAUGCUGCUGGUGGAGAUGCCUCUGUUGAGUUAACAAGGCGAUGCAGGCAUGCAGCUGCUGCAGUUGGUGACUUGAUUUUUAUUUAUGGCGGUUUACGCGGUGGUGUGCUACUUGACGACUUGCUGGUUGCUGAAGAUCUUGCUGCUGCGGAAACCACAACUGCAGCUUCAAUUGCUGCAGCUGCAGCGGCUGCUUCCAAUUCCCCACCAGGAAGAUUACCUGGAAGGUAUGGUUUCACCGAUGACAGACUACGGGAGAGUGAUCCUGAAUCUGUUCCUGAUGGUGCUGUUGUUCUGGGGAACCCUGUUGCUCCUCCUGUAAAUGGUGACAUUUACACAGAUAUAAACCAUGAAAAUGCCAUGGCGCAGGGAAGCCGGAGGCUCAGCAAAGGAGUUGAGUAUUUGGUUGAAGCCUCAGCAGCCGAAGCAGAGGCUAUUAGUGCUACAUUAGCUGCUGCUAAAGCACGCCAGGUUAAUGGUGAAGUAGAACUACCAGAUAGGGGAGACCGCGGUGCUGAGGCGACACCUAGCGGAAAACCGAUACCGACGAUGAUUAAGCCCGACUCUUCUGCACCGAUUAGUACCCCUCCUCCAGGGGUUAGGCUCCAUCAUAGAGCUGUAGUUGUAGCUGCAGAGACCGGUGGUGCUUUGGGUGGCAUGGUUAGAUCGUUAUCUAUUGAUCAGUUUGAAAAUGAAGGCAGGCGAGUUAGUUAUGGAACACCAGAGAAUGCUACUGCUGCAAGGAAACUACUUGAUCGGCAAAUGUCAAUCAACAGUGUCCCGAAAAAGGUUGUAGCACAUCUUCUCAAACCUCGGGGUUGGAAGCCUCCCGUUCGCCGACAGUUUUUCUUGGACUGCAAUGACAUAGCAGAUCUCUGUGACAGUGCAGAACGAAUUUUUGCAAGUGAACCAAGUGUCCUUCAACUUAGGGCUCCUAUUAAAAUUUUUGGUGAUUUACAUGGACAAUUUGGGGAUCUUAUGCGACUUUUUGAUGAAUAUGGUUCUCCAUCAACGGCUGGGGACAUAGCAUACAUAGAUUAUCUCUUCUUAGGAGACUACGUAGACCGGGGACAGCAUAGCUUGGAAACUAUUACACUUCUACUUUCGUUGAAGGUUGAGUAUCCUCAUAAUGUACAUUUAAUUCGAGGAAAUCAUGAAGCAGCUGAUAUAAAUGCCCUUUUUGGCUUCAGGAUUGAAUGCAUUGAGCGCAUGGGUGAAAGAGAUGGUAUCUGGGCAUGGCACCGGUUCAACAGAUUGUUCAAUUGGCUUCCUUUGGCAGCUCUUAUCGAGAAAAAAAUUAUAUGUAUGCAUGGUGGCAUUGGACGCUCAAUUAAUCAUGUAGAACAGAUUGAGAACAUUCAGCGGCCAAUUACAAUGGAAGCUGGCUCAAUCGUUCUUAUGGAUUUGUUAUGGUCGGAUCCAACCGAAAAUGACAGUGUGGAAGGAUUGCGUCCAAAUGCCAGAGGUCCUGGUUUAGUCACAUUCGGGCCUGAUCGUGUCAUGGAGUUCUGUAACAACAAUGAUCUUCAGUUGAUUGUACGUGCACAUGAAUGUGUCAUGGAUGGUUUUGAGCGGUUUGCUCAAGGACAUUUAAUUACUUUGUUUUCAGCUACCAACUAUUGUGGUACUGCAAAUAACGCAGGAGCUAUCCUGGUAUUAGGGAGGGAUCUUGUGGUGGUCCCAAAACUAAUUCAUCCUCUGCCUCCAGCAAUUUCAUCACCAGAGACGUCACCGGAUCGUCAUAUUGAAGAUACUUGGAUGCAGGAGCUUAAUGCAAACCGACCGCCAACACCAACUAGGGGUCGUCCUCAAGUUGCAAAUGAUCGGGGUUCUCUUGCGUGGAUCUAAUAGAAGUGAAAAGGUUCACCACUUACAUUGGAUAAUGCUUCCACCCAGGGGUUUUGGCAUUUGGUAUAGCAGGAUGCUGUAUAUAGAAUGUCCUGAACUCAUCAACUUAAAGCCAUGAAAAUUUUGAAGACCCUCUUGGGAUAACCACACGUUCGGAGGUCUUCAAUUCAAGUAUAUUAUGGAUCUCAGUGCGAACGGCAGUUUACUCAUAUUAAUGGGAUGUGCCAGCAAUAGCAUGGGUAUCCUAGGGAGUUGGCCCUUGUACAUUUUAUCGAAAUAUGCCCGGUGGAAAGUCCAGAGUCUCGGUUAUUUCUUUAGUCAGGUCGAUAGUUUUGGGUAUUCUUCUGUUUAGUUUUCUAUUUUUGUUUUUUGGGUUUGGUCUUCUAUUAGAGUGUGUUUGUCACACAAGUUCAGUGUAUGCUAUUGGUGAGGUAACAUUAUAUCAAAAUCCAUGGUGAGGUGUCCUUGUAUAAUAGAGGGUAUUGUUUGUGUAAUUUUGUGUUCAUUUUCCUGUGUAACUUUUUUUCUCCUUCUUAAGAGGUAUUAAAGUUUUUUGACUUACAA